UGAUCCUGCCUGGCCUAUUGAAAAUGACGCUAUUUGUCACAUAUGGGUAAGCAAUUGGAUCUUAUACUUUUUAAUGGCAUUGUCCGUGUUUAACGUGCUUGCACUGACAUUGGAUCGCUUCUGGGCUGUGGUCUAUUCUAUCAGCUAUACAGCACGUGUGACGUUGAAAGCCACGCUCAUAUACACAGUCAUGUUUAUCAUCGCGUUUGGUCUCAGUGUUCCCAUCUUUUUGGAGUUCGAGUUAGUAUACGGUCAAUGUGUUCCAGUGCCUUCAACCAUUCGAAUUGUUGAGGCCUCCUUAUGGUUAUGUUUUAUUUACAUUCUACCCAUCUUGGGGAAUGCCACAAUGUUCUGUUGGAUAAUGCGUCAGUUGCACAAAAAUGGUGGCGGCAGUAUAUUUGACCCGCGAAACACAACACAAUACCGCUACACAGCAUGUACUCUGGCAACAGUCGUCACCCAUACCCUUGUACUUGCUCCACAUAUUGUCUACUUCAUGUUAGCUAUCACGAAAACUGUAGUAUAUAAACCUGGAUCCCCUGCGCAGAUCGUUGUUGCGUUCUGCAUCACUCUGAUCAGCUGGGUUACACCUGUCGUUUAUUUUGUAUUUUUGCAACAAUUACGUGACACAAUGGUAAAGCUGAUAAUGGGACUCCGACGGAAAUUCCGAAGUGAUUCAGUGGUAACUACGGCAAAUGAGCCCGUAUGGUAAAAGUAUCUGAGUAAUUGUUUCCAUAAAUACAUGUUACACGUUGUCAGAAUAUGCACCA